CUCCCUGGGACCUUCCCAGUAGCAUCCGUGAGCGCGGAAAGCCGCUGCUGCUGUGGGCUGCGGUGGCUCGGGAGUCCGGUGCGAGUGAACCACAGCGGGCAGCAACUGGCUCAGAAUAGUGCAGAGGGCUUACAGACUGAGGCCAGCAGCUCCCAGGACGCACGAGAAGCCGGGGGCUUUGCAAGAGAAGAUCUCCCCAGGACAUCAUGCGGAGUGCCACCAAGCCCUGGAGUCCAGUUGCCAAAGCAGGCAGCCAUGGCCCUGAUCGCACACGGCCCCUCCCUGGGACCCCUUCUGGCAUGAAGAGUUCCAAGUCUUCAACCUCGCUGGCCUUCGAGUCUCGGCUUAGUAAGCUCAAGAGGGCCAGCAGUGAGGACAUGCUCAACAAGCCUGGCAGUGCCUCCGCAGGGACGGUGCGCCUGAAGAAGACCUCAACCUCCGGAGCCAUCUCCGAGCUCACUGAGAGCCGCCUGAGAAGCAACACAGGGGCUGUUCCAACAACCAAACGGACAGGCAUCCCAGCUCCACGGGAACUCUCAGUAACUAUCUCAAGAGAGAGAUCUGUGCCACGGGGUCCCUCCAGCUCAAAGAAGUUGGGCUCUAGUCCAACUUCUUCCUGCACCCCCACUCCUACCAAGCACCUGAGACCCACCUCUGCAAAACCUAAGCAAGACCAUGAAGGCACAGAGAAGUCUGUACUUGAGUCCCAGGUUCGGGAACUUCUGGCAGAAGCCAAAACCAAAGACAGUGAAAUCAACCGGCUUCGAAGUGAACUAAAAAAGUGUAAAGAAAGGUGGGCCCUAAGCACCGAGGAUACCAAUGCAUCAGACCCAAGCGCAGAGGGAACAUCAUCCCCAGUAGGUGAUGCAGAACCUUUGGUAAGAACGCUGGAGGAGAAGAACAAGACCUUUCAGAAAGAACUUGCUGACCUAGAGGAAGAAAACAGGGCCUUGAAGGAGAAACUGACUUACCUUGAACAGUCACCAAAUUCAGAAGGGGCGGCAAGUCACACUGGUGACAGCAGCUGCCCGACAUCCAUAACCCAAGAGUCCAGCUUCGGAAGCCCAGUUGGAAAUGAGUUGUCCAGUGAAGUGGACGAGUAUAGAAGAAGCACACAUGGAAGUACAUUGCGGACAUCGGGGUCUUCCAGCAGUGAUGUCACUAAAGCCUCUCUGUCACCAGAUGCCUCAGAUUUUGAGCAUAUCACUGCAGACACCCCAUCUCGGCCCCUGUCGGCCACCAGCAACUCUUUUAAGGGCUCCAAGUGCUCCCCUAUUGGGAGCUCCCCAAACAAUGCAAGCGAGUUGUCCUUGGCAUCUCUGACUGAGAAGAUACAGAAGAUGGAGGAGAAUCAGCACAGCACUGCUGAAGAGCUGCAGGCUACUCUGCAGGAGUUAUCAGACCAGCAGCAGAUGGUGCAGGAACUGACAGCCGAGAACGAGAAGCUGGUGGAUGAGAAGUCCAUUUUAGAGACCUCUUUCCACCAGCACCGAGAGAGGGCAGAACAGCUGAGUCAGGAAAACGAGAAACUGAUCAACCUUUUACAAGAGCGAGUGAAGAAUGAGGAGCCUAGUGCCCAAGGAGGAAAAAUCCUUGAGCUGGAGCAGAAGUGCACAGAUAUUCUGGAGAAGAGCCGCUUUGAAAGAGAGAAGCUGCUUAACAUUCAGCAGCAGCUGACCUGCAGCCUACGGAAGGUUGAGGAAGAAAACCAAGGAGCUAUAGACAUGAUCAAGCACCUGAAGGAGGAAAAUGAAAAACUGAAUGGGUUCCUAGAACACGAACGAUGUAAUAAUAGUGUGAUGGCCAAAACUUUGGAGGAGUGUAGGGUUACCUUGGAAGGCUUGAAAAUAGAGAAUGGGUCCUUGAAAGCUCAUUUGGAGACUGAUAAGCAAAAGGCCAUGGAGGCCAGCAGUACCAUGGGGCAGACGGCAGAGAACUUUGAGGUUCAAGAAAUGCUGAAAGUGGCUCGAGCUGAGAAAGAUCAAUUGCAACUGUCUUGCACAGAGCUCAGACAAGAAUUGCUAAAGGCGAAUGGUGAAAUUAAACACAUUUCCAGCCUCCUAGCAAAGAUGGAAAAAGAUUACUCUUACCUGAAGGAGGUCUGUGAUCAUCAAGCAGAACAACUGAGCAGAACCAGCCUAAAAUUACAAGAGAAAGCUUCAGAGAGUGACGCAGAAAUCAAAGACAUGAAAGAAACCAUAUUUGAAUUGGAAGAUCAGGUGGAGCAGCACCGUGCCGUCAAGUUACACAAUAAUCAGCUCAUUAGUGAACUGGAAAGCAGUGUGAUCAAGCUGGAGGAGCAGAAAUCAGACCUAGAACGGCAGUUGAAGACCCUGACGAAACAGAUAAAGGAGGAGACUGAGGAAUGGAGACGGUUCCAGGCGGACCUGCAGACUGCAGUGGUGGUGGCCAAUGACAUCAAAUGUGAGGCUCAACAGGAACUGCGAACUGUGAAGAGGAGGUUGUUGGAGGAGGAAGAGAAGAAUGCCAGGCUGCAGAAGGAGCUGGGGGACAUACAGGGACACAGCAGCUCCAUGGUCUCUGUCAGCUAGCAGAGCAUUUGGUGGAAGAAAGACAGCCCAGCCCUUGCCAUGAUUGGAAACUACUGCCAUUUCUAUAUGAAAGGGGGAUCUGUAGAGGAGAUUACCACUGUAAAGAGCGCACUUGUCUCCUGUGCCAUUCACUAUUCCACACAGAGUCAUUACAGCCAGAGUGUCUUUAGCUUCCCUUCAUGCUGGAAUCAGCACACUGCCUGAUCACAUGUUCAAAAAUGUUUCCCUCCUUUUUUCUCUUAGAAAAUUCAGCAUUCUCUCCCUCUCUUUCCCUCCCUCCCUCUUUCUCCCUCUUUCCCUCCCUCCCUCCCUCCCUUCCUCCCUCCCUCCCUCCCUCCCUCCCUCCCUCCCUCCUUCGCUCCCUCCCCUCCUCCCUCUCUCUGGAGAAUAAAAUGAAGUUCUGAAAAGCAAAAUACAAGUCUUGUGAAAAAAAAUAUUUUAUAUGUAACUAGAAUACACAAAUAGUGGUUUAGCAAGCCCCAGGUAUUGGUGAAUGCAGCCCAUGUGGUGUUCACUUUUUUGCUGCCUACUUGAAUAUAGGAUCCAACAGUUUUGAAAUUCAUGCUAGUUAUAGCAAAAUAAGAAGCCAUCUGCAUGAUGCCUUAGACCAGAGAAAAAGUUCUGCUCCUAACAUUGAUGCUUCCUUGAGCCUUUUCAAGCCAUGGUAUCAUUUCAUUAACUCAUCUGAAGGAAGCUGCCCUUAAGCUUCGGUUGGUUUCCAGAGUCUUUGAUAGGUUAACCAUAAACAUGUUUGGUUGAUGAUAAAGGAUGUAGUUAGGUGAAGACGCCAAUAGAAACCUAACAAAUUAAUGAAGGACAACUUACAACAAAAGCCUCCUACAUGAAACUCACCUGGGAAACUUAAAGACUUUCAGUGGAGAAGCACACAGCUCAGAGUGGUCUGGAAUGCAGCCUGUGAUUUGACUUCUGGAAACGCGCGUGUGUGUAAAGACCUGUAUCUGAUUCAACAAGUCCAUCAGGCAGAACCCCACUGCACCUCUCACGUGAGGGGCAGCUACAGUGUAUCCCUGGAGGCUUUCUAGCUACAUCAUAUUAGAGGACAUGAGUUAAUCUGUGAGAAAAGGAAAAUUAAGAUGUGGAAUUAUUCUUAAACUCAGGAAGACAUUCUGAGGUUAUUAACUUCAAGAGCACCGAUUUCACUAGAAAAAUUGUAAAAAUUUUUGGUUCGAAAAUCUUGGUGUGAAAACUUGUAAAAAUAAUGUAGAUACUAGCUGUCCAAGUAGGACUGUAAUUUGUUCUGAAAGAUCUUUUCAUUAGAUUGAGAAUUCCAAAAAUGACUUAAAAUUUAUGUGCCGAACAUUUUCAUAUAUAAACAGUGAGGAAAAUGCAGCCUCGAUUUCAAGUGCGCAGCUAUAUUUGCAGUUGUGUAUUGAUCUGUCUUUACUCUGGAUACUAUUGAAUGUUUUUAUAUGUAAGUGUUUAUGAUGUGCUAAAUAAAUAUUAUUUAGAGGAGUCUGUGGUUUGAAUUUUAAUCACUGGUUGCAUUUUUGCAGGGCUCUUGUGAUAAACUUUGUUCAAAAAAUUUUCCUGAAUAUAAUUUCAGAACUUUAUUGUUUCAUGAUGCUGGGAAUGAACCUAGAGAUUUGUGUGUAUAGCAAGCACUUCACCACCUCAAGCCCUUAAUACUUUCAUAUAGUAGAAUCUAUUUGUAUUUUCCUUUGUUUCUUGGGUGGUUGGUGGUGUGUGUGUGUAAGAUUUUUUCCACUCCAGUAUUUGUAAAUAGUUUAUUAAGUAUCCUUCAUUUCACACACAAGUGAAUGUUCACACCCAGACAUUUGAUCCACCUGUGUUUACUGAAUCUGAUGUAACAUGCAGUUCUUUUUCUUCCAUACACAUAGCCAGUCGAACCAGCAUAAUUUAUUAUCAAAAUAAUUCUUUUCUGCUGAAUAGAAAUGUCACUUUUCAUUGUUUAUUUCAUCUAUGCUCCCUGUGCUCAGGGAGGCCUUUCUGAAUACUCUGUUAUUUCACUUCCUUUUGAAUUAGUUCUGCUUCAGAAUAUUUUAAUUGGAUUAUUAUAUCGUGUGUGUAUGUACACAUAUUUAAACUUGGCCUUUCAAUUACAAUUAUUAACUUGCUAGCCAUGGUGCUAUAUGUCUGUAAAUUCUGCCCUUGGGAGGUAGAGGCAGGAGUAUCAAGAAUUCAAGGUUAUCCUUGGUUAUCCAAUGAGUCUGAGUCUAGCUAGGACUACUAUCUCAAAACAAGACAGAAAGAAAAGAGAAAGAACGGAAGGAAGGAAGAAACAAAAGAAGGAAAGAAAGAAUAACCCCAUAAGUAAAAUUGUCUUAUUUCAUCUUUUAUUCUAUUUUAUGAAAUUUUAAGGUUGGUAUUAUCAAGUGCCUCUUUCCUUUCAUAAACUUCUGAAGGCCUGUUCUCUCCUAAAUGUGAUUAUUAUUUUAUGAAAUAUCUUUAUAGAUUAGGAUUUAAGUUUUUUCAUUUUUUUUAAUGUUUUUAUGUGAGGAGAUGUUUCUGAUCAUCACAGACUGUUGCUUAAAUAGCUACAAAUAUGUCAGGGCCUGACCUUUCCCUGAGUACUUGUAGAUUAUACCUGGAUACACCACUCUGCCUAUCAAUGAAUGCUUCAACUCAUCUACUCUACCAUAAACUAGAGGGUGUGCUCUCAAUGAAAAGAAGUUCAAAUAGUGUGCAAAAGGAAAAGGUGAUCAGUACGUGUCGUGAUUCACACCUUUAAUCCUGCUGAGUGUGGUGGUGCACACCUUAUUUUAGCUCUCAGAAGGCAGAGGCAGGUGGAUCUUUGAUUUCGAGGCCAGCCUAAUCUACACAGUGAGUUCCAGGACAGCCAGGUUACAUAGUGAGACUCUGUCUGAAACUCCUUGAUGUGUAGUUUCUUCUCUGGAAAAACCUAGAUGUGGAAGCCAUACUUCUGGGUCUGCUUUUUGCUUAGUUAUUGUCCAUGUUAGAAAUAGUGCAUGGCUUUUUUCUGACCUGUGGCCAGGAUCAUCUUUCCAUGGACUCCUCAGAUAGUGUUCAUAUCCCUGAUGCUCUGUAAGGAUGUGCUUUAUGUUCUUGGCUUCAUGCUCCUCUCCAGCCCUGACCUUGUAGGAUAGAGGAUACUAGCAAGGUAGACCCCUAUCAUCUUUAUUCUCUUUGUAAGGGAAUUGGGGGAAAGCCCCUGGUACCCUCAUCCAUAAUACACACACACACACACACACACACACACACUUACAUAUAUAUAUAUAUUUACUCCUGUGUACCAGAGAGUUUAAAAGUUUGUUUUGUUUUUGAGACAGAGUCUCACUAUAUAUCCUGUCUGGCCUAGAACCCACAAUGUAGACCAGGCUGGCCUCAAACUCAUAGAGCUCUGCCAGCCUCUAACUCUGACCCAUGAGUGCUGGAAUUAAAGUUUAAGCCGUGGAUGGUACCCUUCCUUAGUUUCUGUUGCUGAUGGAAGAUGCUUAACUGCUUUGAUUCUUCUUGAUGGGAUUUGGAAACUAAGAUGUGUUUAAGCUACCAUUUUACUUGAUGUUUUUCCCUUGUUCUGUAUGCUAGUACUGAAAAUAGAAAGUGAAUUUCAGAAGAUACUGUUUGAUGCCUGAGAUCAAAGACUUCUUAAUUUUUGCCUUAUAAUAAGAGCAACAAACUUCUUUUAGAUCUGUUGAAAACAUUAAUAAUUUUGUGAAAAUGACAUCCCAGAUUAGGGCAAAGAAUAUUCAAAGGCACUGAGUCAGGACAUAAAAAGGAACAAAACUUCCGUGGCUGAGCUGAAAGCUUAGAUGGACAGAGAGGAGUCCCAGAAGCCCAUUAAUGGCACUGUGAGAAGCCUGGGGCCAGGCUUUAUUCUAUUGUUCCAGCGUGGCAAGUGUAAGCAUGAGCUCGGUGGGACCACUCCUCUUUACAAACAGUCUGUCAAGUGUGAAAGCACAUCAGCAUUGUGAUGUGACACUUGACAAGUAGAGUUAACAUUUGAACGCUUUAAAAAUCAUAAUACACAAGAGCUCACCUGGACUUGGACCAAAAUAGGCAAUGCCUCCAAGUGAUACCAAAAAUCAACACCAUUUGAAAGCUCUGUUCUAUAGCCAGACAAGGUAAAGCAGUGGGUUUGAGAGAAUGGGGGGGAUUUGAAGGGAAAGUCAUCACAGAUGUGUGUAUACAUAUGUUAAAUUACAACAAAAGACACAUAAGGUGGACCUGCAGCCAACCAGUGGUUGAUGGGAAAUGCUGCCUUUUGACAAAUACAUAACCCAUUUGCAUUUAUGCUCCAGAGUAGCUGGCCUCUGGUUUUCUGUUCUUAGGUGAUGGGCUUCCAACUCCCACAUGCAAAGCAAUGAACUAAGAGAGUACUGAAGUGAGUACUGGUGGCCUUUUUCCUUAGGUGUGUACCUCUCCUGGAACAUGCACACACUACAGAGAAUUUGACAAACACUCCCCCAGUUGAUAACCCAGACUCAUCACUUGGGUACCAUGUAGCUUUUGUCAAGGUUUCCCUCAAAACUUAAAUAAUGUUCGGGAUUUCUGUAGAAAAUUAUGCUUUUGGAUACUCGGAUACUCUUUCCUCAGUCUUCCCAAGUCUGGGAUGCUGGUUUUGUGACAUGUUACACUUCCUGGCAUAUGCAAUAAAGAUCUAUCCUGUGCAUUUACUGAAAUCACUGUUACAGCUUUAGAUGUGGUAGCAGACAUGCUUUGUUUCUGUUUUAGAUGCGAUUCCUAACCAGAAGCUGGCCAUUUCUUGCAGGAUAUGGCUAAGGAAAAGAGCAAACUGCACAGUGCUAUAGGGAAAACUAAUGUGUUGGGCUUACUGAGCACCAGAGUGUGUUCGUAUUUUGAAGCCAACAGAAGCUGUGCCUCUGGGUGACUUAGAUUUUCAAGCCAUAUUUGACUCCAUGUGUGAUUCAACCUAGAAGCUAGAGUUGGCCUUGAACAAUUAGUUUAGCCAAGUGUAUAAUCUUGCACUUUACCCUUUAUUUACAGAAUUUACUAAGAUAUUCCUAUAUGAUUAAAUAUUUCUUAUCUCUUUUCUUUUUUCUUUCUUUCUUGGGUUGUUUUGUUUUGUUUUUUUUCUGAGAAAGAUUUUCUCUCUGUAGCUUUAGAACCUGUCUCUAGAACUCACUCUGUAGACCAGGGUGGCCUCGAACUCACAGAGAUCCGCCUGCCCCCGCAUCCUGAGUGCUGGGAUUAAAGGUGUGUCCACCACCGCCUGGCUGAUUAAAUAUUUCUUAAUAUCUUUCAUAAUAUACAGAAUUCAUAUUCCUCUUGGGAAUACAAUUAAUGUGAUCAUUCAUUUAUUGCUCAGGUCAUAACAACUCUCAAACAAUCUAGUACAGGGAAUUUCAGCUGGUUCACAAUUAAAGUAUGGGUCAGGUAUUCUCUCUCUGUUUUAAAUUACAGGAUUUUUCCUCAUUUUUUUUUCUUUUAGAUAUUUACAUAUGUAUAACUAGAUAUCUGGGGGAGCCUGAAGGUGACUUUGUAUUAUACUUUUAAUGCAUCCACAACCUGACACAUGGGGUCGAGUAUGGAAUUUCCUAGUGAUACCAUAUUGACAUUCAAAAGAUUAUGGAAUUUUUGUAACUAAUACAUAUGUAUAUAUAAAUAUAUGUAUAUGAGUUUUUGUCUACAUGUGUGUAUUUGUAUAUAUACCACACGCCUUCCUCAUGCCCAUGGAAGUCAGAAGAGGACAUUUGAUCUCCUGGAACUGGAGUUACAGACAGCUGUGAGCUUCUGUGUGGUUGGUGGGAUUCAAACCUGCGUCUUGCAGAAGUGCAGUCAAAACUGAGCCAUCUCUCCAGUCCCCAAUUUCAGAUGUUUGAUCAUUUCAGAUUUCAGAUUUUCCUAUGAUAAUGUUCAGACUUAUUCUUACUGUUAAAGCCAAUCCAGCUGAUUGGUCAGUACCAUCUUUGGUUGUGUGAAAACAGGCAUCCUUUCCAUUAGUUUGUAUGGCUGUGUCCUUCUGAGGCCUAAGAGAAUCUUUCCCCCUUAUCAUUUCAUGUUUCAUAUCACUGGGAAACGUAGACACCUGAAAAGAAUAACUUGCUGUAUGU